AUGAAAUUUGAUGACAUUUUAACACAAAUUGGAGCAUUUGGGCCCUACCAAAAGAGAAAUUAUAUUCUUUUACUAAUUGGCUGGACUCUUACAGGACCGUUUAUUACGCUUUCUGUUUUUGUAAGUGGAGUUCCUGAUCAUAGAUGUAGAAUUCCCGGCUUCGAAAACGAUACCUAUGCGAUCCAAGGACCCGAACAUCAACGACUUGUUGAUGAAUUCAUUCCACCAUCAACAAACGACAACCAGGUGUAUGAACAGUGUCACGUGUACAACAUUAACCAAUCAGACACAGUAUUUGAUAACUAUAGUCAUCCAAUCAAUGCUACCAUAUCGAAAUGUAGAUCGUGGGUUUACAGUAAACAAGUGUUUAAUAACACAUUCGUUAUGAAAGAAAAUUUAGUAUGUGAUAACAAAUACAAAGUUGCCUUGUCAAAAACAAUUUUCUUUGGUGGAAUUCUGUUAGGAUCUAUUAUGUUUGGAGUUAUUUCUGAUACUUUAGGCAGGAAGAAAACGUUAGUGAUGUCUGUGAUAUUUAUGUUUGUGUCUGGGAUGACUUUAGCAUGGUCUGUUAACUACCUUAUGUUUGUCAUUCUACGAUUUUGUAAUGGAAUGUCUUCUGUUGGAAUUUUUAUCACAGUUUAUGUUAUUGCUAUGGAAUGGGUUGGACCUUCUAAAAGAACGUUUGCUGGACUAAUGAUGGGCUUUCUUGGAACAGUAGGGACUCUGAUAUUUAUCCUGGUUUCGUAUUACGUUAGACAAUGGAACUGGAUCAUUAUUGCAUUUGCGGCCCCUGUUGGUGUCUUCCUUGCUCUAUGUUGGUUUAUACCCGAAUCUCCAAGAUGGUUAUGUGGAAAAGGUAGAAAAAAGGAGGCAACAGCUCUUCUAAAGCAUGCUGCUGUCAUAAACAGGACAGAAUUUUCAGAAAAACAUAUGGAAGAAAUAUCAUUAGAAAAGAAAGAAGCAGGAAAACCGUGGCUCCUGUUCUCGAAUAAAACUUUGGGUUGUCGUACUGUUGUGAUAUUUUAUAAUUGGAUGGUAGUCAGCAUGGUAUUUUUUGGUUUGUCUCUCAAUACUGGAAUAUUGUAUGGAAAUUACUACAUCAAUUUUCUGUUGGCCACUCUAAUGGAAUUCCCAGGAUGUGCAUUACCUAUUUUCAUGAUAGACAAAAUAGGAAGAAAAAAGAGUUACAUUAUCUAUAUGACUAUUGGUGGUUUUUCCUGCCUCAGUACAAUAUUCACAGUUAAUUAUGGCGGGAAAGAACUGCAAUCAUUGACAACAGCAUUAGCUUUGGCGGGAAAAUUGUUUUCAACUGCAGCUUUUGCAACAAUAUACGUCAUUUCCGCUGAGGUAUUUCCUACUGCCAUACGUAACACAGGAAUGGGAUUAAGCUCGUGCUGGGCACGUGUUGGAGGAAUGAUCUCACCUUUUAUAGCCGAUACUGCUGACCUUAUAGGAGGUACCACGGGAACAGCUAUACCACUAGUUAUAUUUGGAGGUUCAUGUUUAAUAGCUGCAGGUAUGACGUUACUUCUUCCGGAAACACUAAAUCAACAUCUGCCAGAAAGCAUAGAAGACGGAAAGAAUUUUGGAAAGGAGUCAAACAAGAAGAUUCAAGAAGAAAUUAUAGUGAAAACAGAAGAUACUAUGACACAGUAAAUGUACACGUACAUGUAGUCAGCCUAUACGUCAUAUUAAAGAGGUUUAUAUCU